CCACUGGGCUACGUGGCUCGGUCACAUCUAAAAGGACCUAAUAAAAAAUAAGUUAUGAGAAAAAAACGAGGGAAAACAAACCAGUUGAUGCUGGCAGUAGUGACCUGUUUUCUCCACAAGAACUUCUGAACAUUUUCAUCGAGAUGACAACAAAACCGCGUGGUUGCAAAAGUCGCCAGGAACAAUGUGUGGAGAGAGAGAGAAAAAAUCUUUUGCUUGGCGGUGGCUCAAAGUGCUAUCGCGGUGGUGCAAUUCAACAUCGACGGCAGCGUCGGCGGCUGAGCAAAACCGCUGGUGGUGCUGUUGUAGUGGUGAAAGUUUUUUUGACGGCGGCGUCGGCGGCUGAAGUGAAACCGCUGGUGUUGCUGGUGGUGGUGAUAUUUUCAUCAACGAAGGCGGCGGCUGAAGCGCGCGGUGUGGUUGGUGCGGAUUAUUUUUUGAGAACAAUUUUGAGGAAUUUUGACUCCGUCUGGACGAAGACGUGUAGUUUUGUACUGCUGGCCAACGAGAUCAAAGAUCUCCCUUGGCGGCAGAGUACUUUCGGCGCAUAAGCGUCAACUCAAAAUUCCGCAGAGCUCUCGCCGGAAACGACCCUCAUUUGUUUUCCUUGGAGAGAGUUCCUCAAAAUGGCAACCACCACAACCAACCACCAGCAAGAGGCGCAGAGAACACGAGUAUGAAGAUUCCGACGAUGAUUCGGAUUUUUACGGAUUCGCAGCAGAUUCCUCGAUUUUUGAAGAUGACCCGAUGGGUGAAUCUUCGUUGUCGGACGAAGUUGAUCAGCGACAGCCGGUACGAGAAACGCGGCCGAUCCGCAGAUCAACGAGGCAGAUUAAGAAGAAGCACAAAGCGGAUUUUAAAUAUUUUUAAUUUGUCAAGUGAAUUCGUGCUAGCUUCAUUUAGCUUACUGAAUUAGGAUUUUUUAGAUUAAUGUCCUUUCAAGAAAUAAGAAGAAUUUUAUUCACA